AUGUCUGGGGGAGCUAUUAUAGUGUUGCACAAGCAGAUCAAGUUUGUUGUAAAAAUGGCUGACCAGAAACCGACAGUGGAUCCCGCAGUCCCUUUUGCCAAGAGGAUAGAUCCAAACAAGGAGGAUCUUACCAGGGACGAAUUCUACUUUAUCAGACAAGUGGAGCUCGCGCAAUGGAAGAAAAAAUCGCAGCAACUCAGGGGCCGUAAUAUUGCAACAGGACUUGCUAUCGGAGCCAUUGUAAUGGGUAUUUGUAUCCUUGCCAAACUCAGUCACGAAAGGUGAACCGCGUAACAUAUGAGCUAAUUUGCCCUAAACGGCAUGAUAUAGCGAGCCAUUGUAAUGUUGCCAUAACUAUUAGCAGUUAAAGUCAACCAGACAUUAUUCAUUUAUGUCCUUGAAGCUGCAAGUCAUUGUAGAAAGGUUAUGAAAUUCAUGUUGUAGUGGUGAAGAACAGCAUGACAUGUGUUUGCAUAACAGCCAUGUACUGUAGCAAGCGAGUUAGUUAAUUGAAUAACUAGGUAACGUUAGCUAGUAGCCAAACAAGGAUCUAACUAGAGUUAACUAAGUAGCUCUCUCAGCAUGUCACUUUAUUGCAAGUUACUACAGUGAACGCUGGUGAUGAGUGUAAUACAUGUCUGCCAUAAAUGUAUGUUGAUGUUGAAAACGUUAAUCCUUGUGCUUAUGUAGUAAAGCUCGACUAUAGCUUCUUACCCAGCACAUUCCUCUGUCAGCACAUUUGCCUUGACUUUGCUCCUCCUAGAUGGCUACACGUUUUACUCAGUGAAACAGGAGAAGAUCAUGGAUGAGCUGGAUGAGGAGGCCAAGGUCGCGAGGAUGAGGGGUGUAAAGACAGGCGCCAACUGACGUGGCGAUCAGAUGGACUGAGCUCAGAUCGACUGUGUGGUGUGCCACCGAUCCUAUCGCCUGUAGGCCUACAUGCACUGGAAGGGACUAAUGCUGACAAAUGCUGGUACUACAUAUUAUUCCACUGCUAGCCAAUGUCAAGGCAGCAUCGGACCCUGUUUUGCCCUGGAUAUGUAGACAUUUACGUGGUUGUGUUGCUGACUUAAGUGUCUUCAUUGUGAUUAAACAUGCUUGUCAAUAUAAUUAAUUAUCUACUGCCCCCUAUUACCCCUUCCCAUUUCAGGAUCCUGAGUCUUGUUAAAUUAGCACCAAGAGGACUGAAACAGGAGGGACUUGUCCAUUUUAAAUGGUUUCUGUUAAGUGCCCCAAUGAACAUUACCCUAUUCUCCUUCCUUUUCUUCCCAGCGAUUAGGCACUUAUUUCUAUUCCCUUCAAAUCAGCAUCAAAUGAUUUCUCCCAAAACUCUAUAAAACUAAUUCAACUAAAUGUCUAUCAAUAAUGUUAAUUCUACAGUGGCCUUGAAAUAGGUGGGAUUAGAAUUGGAACCACUGAACUGAGACAAAGAAACACAUAUUUAUAUUGAAAUAUAUUUAUGUUGAUAAAGGAUUGAGUUGUAAAAAUUGUAUUAUGUAUUUGUUUUUUCACAACACAAUAAAUUACAUCUUAUUGCAAGGUCAGUGUAAUGUUUCAUGCACUGAUAUUGCCACAAUAGUACUGAAGUGGAGAGGAACACUAUCAUUAUUUCAAUUGUAUUUAUGUCAAAAUAUGAUUUAUGUUGUAGCCACAGAGUAAAAAUAUAAAAUAAGACAUUGCAAGGGAAAGGCACAGAUUGAGCAUGGCAGGACAGCAGCUUUGCACAUCAAAGCAAUACAAUCAACCAAGAAUCAUAAAUACAUUCAAAAAUGUGGAUUGUGAUCACAUUUUCUUUCUUUAAAUAUAAAUCUUAUAAGUAUCAUAUGCAAUAGAAUUCAGUGUGUGUAUUUAAGGCAAUGGCUUAAUCCAUUUGUUAGGGUAGUUGUACUCUCCCCUACUUGAGCAUAUAAAUAUGCUACUUAAUUUACCAAAAAGUGUGAAAUGAGUUACUACUAAAGUAGAAUUUACUAAAGUGCAUAGGGUGCCUGGUUUAUUACGCAUUGCAGCAAGGUUUAUCAUUGUCAAUGUGUUUGUGCAAGAAAAGUAGCUUGCCAAAAUGUCUUUGAUUAAUUUGUAAACAUAAUUUACAAAUGCAUUAUUUCAUAUUUACACAUUUCCAAUCAUGGUGAGAACCAGUAGUCUAGACCUAUGUCUGUAUGUUUGAUUCUUUUUGGAGAAAAUAUAAUCUCAGCUAAAAAGUCAGGAGUUGCAUCAACCAUGAAUAGCCAAGUUGUUUUAAAUCGAUGUGGCUGAUUUGGCAGUACCUCCACUUGAUUUGUUUUUUAAAAGGAGUAGUUUGAGUCUUAGGUAAUCCUCAUUUAUAGAGCUGUAUUGUGCCUAGCUUCCUAUACUGUCUAACCUUUUUAUAUUCCAUAUGAACACAUAUCAUAAUGUGAUAUUCAGAAAAUUAUUUAAGGUACUGCCUAACGUUAGAAAACAAUGUUCACAUCUUUCUACACGUUGACAACAGUCGUCCUUCAUAAUGCUGUUGAAUUAAUCAGAAAUAUUGCAUCACUAUUGUACAUUGGAAAACAGGCAGAACCACAACAACAUAUCUGGACUUCUGUAGUCAGACUCUAGAGGGCAGUAGCGCGCUACAGUCAGCAUCAACAGAUUGCAAACAGACAGUCAAACAUUUUAUAUUUUAGUCAAUUAGCAGACACUCUUAUCCAGAG